AUGUCGCAGCCACCCUCGACGCCCGUCAAGGUGCCCCCCUCAGCUUCCUCCUACACCCCCGCCACGCUCGACCCAGACCUGCGCUCACAGAUCAACACAUUGCUCAUCCGGGACGGCCACAUAAACAAGAAAGACUCACGCGACACCUCCUUCCUCAGAAUCCAAGACUCCCUCCUCCACUCCCUCAACUCCAACACAACCAACUGGCCCACCCUCGUCCAGGCCCACGCCCUCUCCCUCCUCCGCUCCGGCGAGGUCUCGACCUACCCCGCCCUCCUCGCCCGCGUCCUCGACGACAUCCGCAGCGACUCCCUCGCCGGCGGCAAGCCCACCAACGGCGACUCCGCCAAGAGCAGCGGCAGUAGCAGCAGCAACGGCAACUCCAACACGUCCACGAGCGACAAGGCCAGCCUCGCCGUCCCCGAGAGCGUCAUCGAGGACGCGCUGAGGACCACGCGCGAGAGCCUCGAGGCGCUGUGCGAGGUCGAGGAUGACGGGUCUUCGUGA